AAAUUAACUAAGCGCUGAGGAUGAACUUAAUCUGCAAAUAAAGCUUGCAAAAUUAACUUUGUUUCAUCAUUUAAAAAUAAUUGUACAUUUUUCAUACUGUCAAAGACUGAUUCGCAGUGAAAACUUUAAUGAUAUUGGCUUAGCAUAAUCAUAUUCAUCCGAUCAUGUUGCAACCACAGACAACACGGAAAUUGACCAUGCAAGCUAAAUCUGUGCUGAAAGCUGCAACUCGAACAUUCAAGACAUCUGUUGCAAAGAAAAACGUACAAGUUCCUUUAUAUAAUCUCAGUUCACAAGAAUGUAUAGAGAGAGAACUUAAAUAUGGAGCCCAUAAUUACAAGCCUCUACCUGUUGUCAUCCAUAAAGCCAAAAGCGUUUCUGUGUGGGAUGUAGAAGGCAAACAUUAUUUUGAUUUCUUAAGUGCCUAUAGUGCUGUCAAUCAAGGCCAUUGCCAUCCAAAAAUUCUUGAAGCUCUUCAUGCGCAAUCGGAUGUUGUCACUCUUACCUCAAGAGCGUUCUACACAUCAGUGCUCGGAGAAUACGAGGAGUAUAUCACAAAGAAAUUUGGUUAUGACAAAGUUCUUCCAAUGAAUACUGGUGUGGAAGCUGGUGAAACGGCAUGCAAAUUGGCAAGAAAAUGGGGUUAUGAAGUGAAAGGUAUCGAGAAAAACAAGGCUAAAAUUGUUUUUGCUGAAGGAAACUUUUGGGGACGAACUUUAGCCGCUAUUUCCAGUUCGACUGAUCCAACCAGUUAUAGUGGCUUUGGACCUUUCAUGCCUGGCUUUGAAAUAGUGCCUUACAAUGACUUGAACGCUUUAGAGGAACGUUUGAAAGACAAAAAUGUCUGCGCAUUCAUGGUGGAACCAAUUCAAGGAGAAGCUGGAGUAGUAAUACCUGACAGUGGUUAUCUGAAAAGCGUGAAACAAUUGUGUGAAAAGUACAACGUUCUUUGGAUAGCUGAUGAGGUUCAGACUGGAUUAUGUCGUACUGGAAAAUGGCUGUGCGUUGAUCAUGAAAACGUAAAACCAGAUAUUUUGUUGUUGGGUAAAGCACUUUCUGGAGGUGUGUAUCCGGUGUCUGCAGUACUAGCGAAUAAUCCUGUGAUGCUUGUCAUUAGGCCUGGAGAACAUGGAUCCACUUACGGUGGUAAUCCACUUGCUUCUAAAGUGGCAAUUGCAGCUUUGAAGGUGCUCGAGGAGGAAAAAUUAGCUCAAAACUCAGAAGAAAUGGGAAAAUUUUUGAGAGAUGAGCUGAAUCGGUUACCAAAGGACAUCGUUGAAUCUGUGAGGGGAAAGGGCCUCUUAAAUGCAAUAGUCAUAAGCGAAAAGUAUGAUGCCUGGAAUGUUUGUCUUCGGUUAAAAGAAAAUGGACUUCUAGCUAAGCCAACCCACGAAAAAAUAAUUCGGUUAGCUCCACCUCUUGUAAUUUCCCGGCAGGAAAUGUCGCAAUGCAUCGAGAUAAUACAUAAAUCAUUUCUAUAGUUCGGUGCCAUAAGCUGAAAUGAAGUCGCUGUUCAAAUUAAAUUAUUUUGCAACGUU